AUGGCCACCACCAUUACCAACAAGAAAGAGAUAGAGAAAAAGAUAGAUGAUGAUUAUCAUCUUCAUCAAGACCAAAAACUGAAGCAUCUUGGGUUUGUGAGAAUUGCUGCUAUUCAUGCUUUUGUUUGCAUGUCGAGUCUCUAUGAUUAUGCGAAACAGAAUUCAGGAUCUUUGAGAUCUGCGGUUGGAACCGUUGAAGGUACUGUUACUACAGUUCUCGGUCCUGUUUAUCACAAAUUCAAGCCUCUCUCUCAAGAUCUCCUCCUUUUUCUCGACAAUAAGGUGGAUGAUGCGACCAACAAAUUCGACAAGCAUGCUCCACCUUUUGCAAAACAGGUAGCAAACCAAGCGAAGGGUUUGAUUCAAGAAGUAACACACAAAGCUGAGAAAGUAGUGAAUGAAGCACAAUCUGGUGGGGCGAAAGCCGCUGCUAAUUAUGUGGUUACCGAGUCAAAGCAAGUAGUGCUAACAAAUUCGGUAAAACUAUGGUCAGGUCUCAACCAUUAUGCACUGUUUCAUGCAGUAGCAGAGAUGGCGAUUCCAACAGUUGCACAUUGGUCAGAAAAGUACAACCAUGUUGUUAAGAACAUUAGUGGAAAGGGCUAUGCUGUGUCUGGAUAUUUACCUUUGAUUCCUGUUGAUGAAAUAGCUAAGGCAUUUAAACAAGGAGAAGGUAAUGUGAGUGUUGAUCAACAAAAUUUUUUGGUGAAAGAUGUUUCUGAUUGA